AUGGUCGCCCUUGGAAGAAGUAUCGGGACUCCCUCGUCCGGAGCGACCCCAACAUCAUCAUCGACAUCGGCAUCAUCAUCAUCAAGCCGUCGCAAAGAAUCCGCUGGAGGCAAGUUCAACCUAUAUGGCGAUGAGUGGGAGGAUACGGUAGACUUUGCCAUCCAACGGUUCGACGAGCUCCCCCAUCGCCUUUUUGGUGUUAAUCAACACAUGAUCAUCAACUAUGAGCUCAAAGAGGCCUUGCGUAUGAUGCUCCGUCAGUUCAAUGCGCCAAUUGUCUACUGUUUCGCCUACGGCUCGGGCGUCUUUCCCCAAGAAAAGGCUGGUCGCAGCGUCAGCGAAGCCGAGUUUCGAGCUGUCCACCCCAAGCCUCCCGAGGCCCUUGUCAAGGCCCAAAAGGGCUCGCCCAAGAUGAUUGACUUUAUUUUCGGAGUCACGCAUACAGAGCACUGGCACUCCAUCAACAUGAAGCAGCACCGAGAUCACUACUCAGGGGUCGCAUCGCUUGGUUCUGGUUUUGUCUCACGAGUCCAGGGCUGGGGCGCUGGCGUUUAUUUCAACCCCUACAUCGAAAUGAAUGGCAUGCUGAUCAAGUAUGGCGUUACAAGCAUCGACAACCUGGUGAGAGACCUAUCUACCUGGGAUAACCUGUACUUGGCGGGACGCCUCCAGAAGCCCGUCAAGAUUCUGCGAGACCACCCGCGAGUCCGUCUGGCAAAUCAGAUUAACCUCAUCGCCGCUGUCCGAACUGCUCUCCUCCUUUUGCCGCCCAAUUUUACCGAAGCCGAUCUGUACAGCACCAUUGCCGGCCUCAGCUAUCUCGGCGACCCCAGAAUGGCCCUCCCUACCGAAAAUAAGAGCAAGGUGGCCAACAUAGUCUCUAACAACAUGGUUCAUUUCCGCCGACUCUACGCUCCGCUAAUUAGGACGCUUCCCAACGUGACGUUUGUCGACCCGGUCCGGCUGGACGACGAGAACUGGAUUUUGAACCCCGAAGCCAACACUAGGCUGCAGCAGGACAUGGAUUUGGUUAAGCGAGGAAACAUGGUUAGGCGCCUGCCAGGAAGCUUCAGGUCUCGACUUUACUUUCAGUACCGCAAGAAGUUUGGCAUCCCCCAAGACGAGUUCAAGGCCAUGAUGGAGGCAACGUCGGACUAUGAUGGAGCUGUUAAACGGCGCCAAGCGGGAGAGUUUGAGAAACGAGUUGCCGCAGACGACCCCGAACAGCUGCAGCGCAUCACUCGCCAGGUCAUUAAGCAGACAGUCAACUGGCCAAGCACUUCGCAGAGCGUCAAGGGACUGCUGAUGGGCGGCUUCAAGAAAUCAUGGCGCUACUUGGGCGAGAAGAUAUCCAAGUGGAAAAAGGGCAAAUCCGAAAAGGCCUCUGGAACCAAAAAAGAGCAAUCAAACGGGAGCCAAGAAGCCGAAAAAUCGCAAAAGAAGGAAGAGUGA